AUGGCGCCGGCCGCGCCCCUGCUCCCGGGGGCGGCCCUGCUCCUCUGCACGCUGCUGGCGCCCGCGCGGGCGGUGGUGCGCGCCGUGCUGGAGAGUAACGCCAGCUCCGUGGACUUCCCGGACCUGCCGGCCCUAUUCGGGGGCGCGCUAGGCCGGGGCGGGGUGCGGGGCUACCUGCUGGAGGCGCGGCCCGCCAACGGGUGCCACCCGCUGCAGCGGCCCGGGCCGCCGCGGGGCAACGGCUCUCUGGGGGCCAUCGCGCUGAUCCGCCGCUACGACUGCACGUUCGACCUGAAGGUGCUGCACGCGCAGCGCGCCGGCUUCCGCGCAGCCAUCGUGCACAACGUGCGCUCCGACGCGCUGGUGCGCAUGGCGCCCGUGCGCGAGGCCCGGCGGCGCCAGAUCGUCAUCCCCGCCGUGUUCGUGGGCGAGGCGGCGUCGCACGACCUGCGCGGGCUUCUGCGCUGCCACGACGGCGCGCACGUGCUGCUGCUGCCCGAGCGCGCGGCCUGCGCGCGCCCGCCGUGCCGCCCGCUGCUGCUGGCCGCGUCCUGGGCACUGCUGGGCCGCGCGCUCGCGCUGCUGGCCUCCACCGUGCUGCUGCUGCGCCGCCUGGCCGCCUGGCUGCGGACCGCCGCCGCGCCCCCCGCCGCGCCGCUGCCGCCCGCAGCGCAGAGCGCCCAGGUGCGCACCUUCACGCGGCGCCACGACCUGUGCGCCAUCUGCCUCGACGACUACGAGGAGGGCGACCGGCUGAAGAUCCUGCCCUGCGCGCACGCCUACCACUGCCGCUGCAUCGACCCCUGGUUCGCGCACGCCGCGCGCCGCGCCUGCCCCGUGUGCAAGGAGGCCGUGGCGCCCACCGACGACAGCGCCGACUCGGCCGCGGAUAGCCGCGCCGGCGAGGACCGCUCGCUGCCCGGACACCGGCCGCCCGUCUGGGCCGUGCAGGCCCGGCUGCGCACGCGCCGCCUGCAGCUGCUGGCCGCGAGCACCCCUCCUCGCGCGCCCCCCCGCCCCCAGGGACCGCCCGCGGGGGCUGGAGGGCUGCGGAGAAUAAAGUGGGUUUGA